AUGUCUAAAACCGUGUUUGGGUUUAUUUUUGGACCAAAUCUGUAUUUGGUAUGGCUAUACGAUAGAAUGGCAAGUACUAUCUACUUUGAGACCUGUCCUCCACUCGAAACUGGGCCACUGGUUUCUGCACGUGGCGCAGUCUAUGCACCUCCAAAUGUCGAGCGAUUAACCGAUCGUUUCAGCCGUGUACCGGUUAAUGAAAGGUAUAAUGUAGCUUUUGGAGGAUCUAAUGUUCAUAUGACCAACAAUGGGACCAACGCUGAUGUAAGUUUGGACAAAACAUCAGGAUCUGGAUUGAUGUCAAAGAACAAAUACUACUAUGGAUUCUUUAGUGCUGCAAUGAAACUGCCUGCUGGUUUCACAUCAGGAGUUGUGGUUGCCUUCUAUUUGUCCAAUGCAGAUGUUUUCCCCCAUAACCACGAUGAAAUUGACAUUGAAUUGCUUGGUCACGAGAGGAGAAAAGAUUGGGUUCUGCAGACAAAUAUAUAUGGCAAUGGAAGUGUGAGAACAGGAAGGGAAGAGAAAUUCUACCUCUGGUUCGACCCAACGACAAGUUUUCACGAAUACAGCAUCCUCUGGAACAAUCAUCACAUAGUGUUUCUAGUAGACAAUGUACCAGUAAGAGAAGUGAUUCACAACACUGCCAUAUCUUCCGUUUAUCCAUCAAAACCAAUGACAGCAUACACAACAAUUUGGGAUGGAUCAGAAUGGGCUACUAAAGGAGGAAAAUAUCCCGUAGAUUAUAAAUACGCGCCUUUCAUCGUAUCUCUACAAAGUACAGAAGUCGAAGGCUGCAUUUUGAAUAAAAAAAGUAACGUAUCUGCUUCGUGCACUCGAAGCAGCCUUUCGAGUUUGGAUCCUGUUGAUGGAGAAGAAUUUGCAAAACUAUCAAGCCAACAAAUAACAGGGCUGCUGUGGACUAGAGGGAAGCACAUGUUUUAUUCAUACUGCAAAGAUACAGCCAGAUAUAAAGUUCUACCACCAGAAUGCAAUGCCAAAUAA